UUGUUCAAAGAUGAACUUUUAUUUCAUUUUACUGGCAGUCGCAUUUACAAUUGCCACGUCUGAAGCCCAUCGUCAUCCAGAUGUUCCUCCUCAAGCUCGGGAUCAGCUUCAGCCUAAGCUUCAUUCUCAGUCACAUGCUCAGGCUAAAGCUCAGGCUCUGCCUCUUGCUCAGCCUCAUGCUCAGCCUCAUGCUCAGCCUCAUGCUCAGCCUCAUGCUCAGCCUCAUGCUCAGCCUCAUGCUCAGCUUCAUGUUCAGCCUCAGCCUCAUCCUCAACAUCAAGCUCAGGUUCUUGUUCAGCCACAGCCUCUUGUUCAGCCUCUUGUUCAGCCUCUUGUUCAGCCUCUUGUUCAGCCUAUUGUUCAGCCUAUUGUUCCGCCUCUUGCACAACCUCAAGCUCAGAUUCCUGUCCAGCCUCAUGUUCAGUCUCAACCCCAAGCUCCACCCCAUGGUCAGCUUCCCUAUCCUCCACCAUACCCCCAUCAUGAGCAUAAAGUAAAAAUUCUUUGGAUUGAACAAAAAUUGGAUCAUUUCAAUAAAAGUGAUACUCGGGCCUGGUUUAUGCGCUACAUGGUGAAUGAUAAAUUUUAUAGACCGCAUGGUCCCAUAUUUAUCAAUAUUGGUGCAGAGUGGCCCAUUGUGAAUAGCAGCAUUACCAGCGGCCAUUUCCACGAUAUGGCCGGAAUAUAUCACGCAAUUAUAUAUUAUACUGAGCAUCGAUACUAUGGAGAAAGCCGACCCACAAACUCUCUGAGUACGUCAGAUCUUCAAUAUUUGACUUAUCAGCAAGCUAUAGAAGACUUGGCACAUUUUAUUAGAGUCAUGAAAUCACAACCGGGGUUUUCCGCCUCAAGAGUGAUAAUGUUGGGCUGUUCGUAUGCAGGUAGCUUGGCCAUCUGGCUUAAACGAGAAUAUCCCGACUUGGUGAAUGGUAUAUGGGCAACUGGUGCGCCCGUAUUCUAUAAAUUUGAUUUUUCGGAUUACAUGGUUAAUGUAGGCCGAUCCAUUCGUAUAGCUGGAGGGGAAGCAUGUUUUCAGCGCAUACAUCAAGCAGCCUACGAAUUGUAUCAUCUGAAUGACUCAAGAAUUAAGUACGAUCUAUAUAGACUUGGCUAUUUGGAGCCGCUUGAGGGCAUGGAAAAUGAAAUUGCGUCCGUAGUCCAACAUUCUAAUGGGGACGGUACACGGGAUUUUUGCAGAAGAUUGUUAGAAGGGCACAAUGUCUUAUUUACUUUGGGAGCUCUCUUAAAGGAAAAGAGCUAUGACGCGGCAGGGGAGCACGACGUGAGAAACCCAAACUACACCAAAUACAUUGGACGUCAGUGGAUGUAUCAGGUCUGCAGUCAGUUUGGUAAUUUUCAGACAACCUCAUCCUUUUAUCACCCCUUUACAAAUUCCGCACCUCUUAAUUAUAUGGCUGCGGAAUGUAAGGCUAUUUUUGGUCCACAAUUCACAAUGGACUUUAUCAGUCAACAAAUUGAAAAAGUCAAUUCUCUUUACGGUGGUUUUCACCCAAACAUUACGAAUGCUUACUACACGCAUGGCCAAUUAGACCCAUGGCGUACGACGGGAAUUAUCCACGACUUGAUGUCCUUCACACUGCCAGAUGUUUCACAUUGCGGGGAUACGAAUUCUAUAACUAUUGCGGACAAUAAUGAGUUGCGGGCUUCGAAGGAACGAAUUUCUGCUUUGGUUGGUCAAUGGAUUCGACAGUGAGUGUCGCUAAAUAAGCUGUCUGUGUAUAUAUUUGUGUUAUAAUUAAAUCUGAAAUUUAUAAGCUA